UCACCUCGCCUAAAGACAGAUCGAUAUUACAAAUGAUCUCUUGCAAGAGACUUCGUCACAUAGAUUCCAAAGCCUUUGUCUACUUCGAAGAUUGAGUUACCUGCUCAGUUGCGCUUUGUUUCAAGUUACGACAUCACCAUUAUCAAAGUGAAAGUCAAGUGAAGGCGGUCCAUUCACUCUACCCGAUAAGUCGGAAACAACAAACAUUGCCGUUGGGGGUAACGCUUUCCAUCAUGGAACAAUUCUAGCGACUUGAGCUCGAACGAAUCAAGGGAGCCGCCGGCGACGAUGAGCAAUCUUCCUCCGCCGGGCUAUGGAGGCUCAUCCUCAAAUAUGCCUAAGUUUCCAAAUCCGAUACCUAGGCUUGAGGAACCGCGCCUGAUGUCUGUCGAUACAUCAUGGGACACCCCCGACAUGUCUACUGACAUCGACAAUCGACUAAAGAUCGAGACCUCCGAAGAAGAAUACGAAGAUAGUCUCCUCUCAGACACCUCUUCGGAAUUAGAUGACGCAUCUAAGCCGCCACGCGGUCUCCCUCUCAAAGAGCUACCUACUGGUCUAUGCUACGAUGAGCGCAUGCGAUAUCAUGCCGAGGUCGCAGCAACCAGUGGAGAGAAUGUUCAUCCAGAAGACCCUAGACGAAUUUACUACAUUUACAAAGAGCUCUGCGAAGCUGGACUGGUAGACGACAAAAAGUACCCGCCUAUGGUCGAGAUGCCGUUGGUGAGGAUCGAUGCCCGAGAGGCCACGCGUGAUGAAUGCCUCUUGGUGCAUACGAGAGAACACUACGACUUUGUCAAGAGCACGGCCGAGUUGUCUGACGAAAAGCUUAUUGAUCUCUCAGAGGAAGGCAAUCUGGAUUCGAUCUACUUCAACGCGCUGUCAUACUUCUCGUCGAAACUGUCUGUUGGCGGAGCGAUCGAGACUUGCCGUGCAGUUGUCUCGCGGAAGGUGAAGAACGCCAUUGCUGUCAUCCGUCCACCUGGCCAUCAUGCCGAGGUCGACCGCACGAUGGGCUUUUGUCUGUUCAACAACGUCUGCAUUGCUUCGCGGGUUUGUCAGACCGAUUUCGGCGACGAUUGCAGAAAGAUUUUGAUUGUGGAUUGGGAUGUUCAUCACGGCAACGGUUGCCAAAAGGCGUUCUACAACGAUCCUAAUAUCCUCUACAUCUCCUUGCACGUCCAUAUGAAUGGUGGGUUUUAUCCUUCGGGCAACGAGGGCGAUAUGUUCCAUUGCGGCACGGGACCUGGCUUGGGAAAGAACGUCAACAUUCCGUGGCCCUCAAAAGGCAUGGGCGAUGGCGACUACAUGUACGCAUUCCAAAAUGUGGUCAUGCCCAUCGCCAUGGAGUUCGAUCCAGACUUCGUCAUUGUCGCCUCAGGUUUCGAUGCAGCAGCCGGAGAUGAAUUGGGAGGUUGCUAUGUCACUCCGCCUUGCUACGCGCACAUGACGCACAUGCUCAUGUCAUUGGCGAACGGCAAGAUCGCUGUCUGCCUCGAGGGAGGAUACAAUUUCCACGCCAUCUCGAAAUCAGCUCUUGCUGUCACACGAGUCCUGAUGGGCGAACCACCCGAUAGACUACAUGCCACCGCAGCAACCAACUCGGCUGUCGACACGGUCGCCAAAGUACGGAACGUCCAAUCCAAGUACUGGAGGAGUGUCUAUCCGAAAGAUCCGAUCGGCGGAAUCUUUGGAGGAGAGAGAUUACACGAUAUCAUUCGGCAGUGGCAAGCAAUGCAUUUGUACGACAAGUUCAAAUUGACUCAGCUACACAUCUUCCGGGAGACGAUUUCGAAGUCGUUUGAUCAACAGGUUUUGGCUACGCCUAAUUAUGAAAGCAAGAAGCGACUCUUGAUCAUUUUCCACGACGCGCCAGAUCUUCUAGGCCACAACACCGGCCUCUCAACACAGCACAAGCUACAUGACACAUGGAUGGUUGACGGCGCGCAGUCGUACAUCCGCUGGGCCGUGACCCACGGUUUCGGCGUCAUCGACAUCAACGUCCCGCAACACAUCACGGUCAACGACGAAGAUAACCCGGACUACCACGAAACGGACGUCGAGUACGCAUCGACCAUGACCGACGUCGCGCGCAAAGAAGGCGAAAAACUCGCAAUGUACCUGUGGGAGAACUACGUUGAGCCAUACGAGUUUCCAGGCGGUAUAUUCCUGAUGGGCGCGGGGACCGCGUUUCACGCUCUGGCGAAGUUGGUCAGUGAGAAUGAGACGGUCUACACUUCCCUUCUGGGAAUCAUAGGCUUCAUUGCGACGAAUCCGAUCCGUCCUAUCUCGAAUCCCGGUGUGCACUGGAUCAGUCAGUGGUACCGUGAGAACUCGCUUGUGUACGUCAGUCGUGCGCAUAGCGUGUGGAAGAAGGAGACGGGGAAGACGUCGAAGCGGUAUGGUCGAUUGAAAGAGAGUCCGGGUGAGGUGUUGAAUGUCAUGAUGAAGAUGCAUGAGGAUGAGGUUACGGAGUGGAUGAAGGAGAAGGUGCGGCAGGCUGCGCGUGGGGACAGUGAUGAGGAUGAGGAUAGCGUCAAUGGCGAGAUUAAGGAGAGUGAUGGCGAUACUGCCGAUGAGCUGGUGCCAGUGGUAGCGCCUACUGCCCCGAGUGAGGGUGGUCCGGCCGUGGAGGUGACUGCUCCGGGCGCAAGGACCAGCCACAGCAUGAGUUUGGGUGGAGAUGUGUUUAUGACGACUGAGCAUUGAAGAUUAGUAUGAGGCGAGAGAUUAUGACUAGACUGCAGGGCUACCUAGGUACUAGUAGCGAGCAAUUGACGCCCAGCGUAUCCCUCAGAGAACAUCUUCGUGGUUCACACAUACAAAGCUGUUAUGCUAGAGUUUCUUGUCAUCGUUUCCAAUCAGAUCAAGUAGUCCCUUGGCUUGCUGAAC